AUGAUGAAACUACAAGCUGGAAAUACCGCUCUAGUCGUCCCAGCGUUCGAGUAUACUGACUUAAAAGAAGGUCUUGACUCUACAAAUUUUCCACAAAAAAAGGAGGAGUUAUUGAAAUUAGUGGAUUCAAAAAGAUUAGACAUGUUUCAUGCUUCAUGGAAGCCAGGUCAUGGUCCGUCAGAUUAUGCCCAUUGGUACGAAGCUAAUGAAAUAUACAAAGUUGCUAAAUAUCAAUAUCAGUACGAACCUUAUGUUAUCUUUCCUAGAAACAGCGUAUGGUGUGAUGAGAGGUUUGUUGGUUAUGGUGCAAAUAAGGCUGCAUGCUUGUUUGAGUUAUAUCUUUCUGGAGUAGAAUAUUGGGUGCUUCCCGAGGACUUUUUGAUUCAUCAAACACACAAAUAUCUCGAAGACGCGAGAAAACAUGAG